AUGCACUCAAUGCCACUCACGUUUUUACGGCACUUUUCUUUUUUCCAUUUUCUAAUAUAUGUAAUUUUUUUUUGUCUGUAUAUAUGCGCUUUUGAGUAUGUCAACCAAAUAGGGUGGAGAAGAAAAAGAGGGGUUCGGAAAGGUGUAUAUAUUUAUAUGACAUUUGAUGGCAAGGCCGUCAUGGAAAGUGACCUUCCACUGACGGUGGAGGAACUUGUGGCCAACUACAAGUCCAUUCGACACCUUAAUGAAGAACUUUGCGCCUUCAUCGACAAUAUUCGUGUAGAAUGUGAUAGCAUUGCUGAAAGUUCUCCUUGUGCUGCGCAGGCGCUUCGUGAUCUUUUUUUGAAUUUUUCUCAGGGAAAACCUGCUGUUGCUUCAUUCUUGAAUGCGAAUGAUCCACACUCCAGUAGUGCCGCCAAUGGCAGUACCAGUAGCGUCUGCACUGGUAGCGGUGUUGUGCUGGAGGGCGUGGUUGUAAAAAAUCAAAAAGGCAAUGAGAUGUCACAUUCAGCUGCGGGAGGCGCGAAGAAGUCACGCUUUCUGCGAUUUGUCGAGGAAGCUACGCGUGACUACAAGGAGGAAUGUGGUGUUUUGCGGCUCAAGAUGAUGGCAAUGGAGAGUGACCAAAAACUGUUGUUGCAGGCCCGGAAAAACUUGAGGGAACAAGAAAAGAAGUAUGGGACGUGUAUGUCUGCACUAAACGAUUGUCGCAAUGAUCUCGCUUUGUCUCGUUCUCAGUGUACUUUUCUUUUGGGGGUACUCAAAAACGGUGAGUCCACGGUCACCGCAUCCACAAUGAAGAACGUUAUUGAGCAGGUUGGUGAGUGCAUGUUGGUGGAAAACGGAGGGUGUGGCGGGCCCACGGUGACGGUGGAGUCAACAGCAGCCGAGGUCGAUUCGGUGCAUUCCCUCGCCGUCCGUUUAGUUGAGGCAGAAAUUGGGCUGCAAGAGUCCCAGGCAGCAGUAAAAUCACUUGGUACCAAGGUUGAGAGGCUAUUGUAUGGUAACGAUCAGCUUAAAGCGCGGCUGGAGACAUUGGCGGAGGAACGCGAUGCACUGAAAUCUCACAACACGCAGCUUGAAGGACAGUUGAAUCGUUUGUUGUUGUUGUUUCACGAUGAUGCUGAGGCGCGGCGAGGGAUGCAAGGAACUGAAGAGGCGAGUAGCGUCGUGACAUGUAGAGCUGAGGAGGGGCCAGAGAGGGAUGAGCUGAAGGAACGUCUGCAAAGGCUUUCUUGCGAUAACCGUGCUCUUCAAAAUACACUUCUGCAGCUUCAACGGCAGAUCAAUGAUUCUGAGCUGCGGGCGGAGGAAUUGUACUCGGAAGGUGGCGGGGAGGUUUUGGUGCUGGAGGAAGAAGUUGCUCGCCUUCGCGAGGCGCUGCGCGAGAAGCAGUUUGAACUUCAACGGACUCACCACGACUUGGAAAAGGCGGCGACGCGGUGGGAGCUUUUGGAUAAGGUGCACCGCACUGUCAUUUACCACGUGUCGAUGCGGCUGAUGCACGACGUUGUAAGGCGGUUUCUUCCGCGUUCUCAGGAGGACACUUCUCCGAAAGCACUAGCAGCGGUAUCAGAGGAUAACAAAGAGAAUAGCUCCGAUUUGGCAUUAUCAGACGAUACAGCCGUAGCAGUAGCAGUUUCUUCAUCUAGAAACUCUGGUAAUGACAAUCGUGUAAAGGAACUUCUUUCUCUACUUGAGUCAAAGGAUUCUGAACAUCGCUUGGCGCUGAGGCAAUGGCAACAUGUGAACCAAGAACUGCGCUCUGCUCUCGCAAGCUUGCAAAAAGACCUUAAACAAAAGGAAGGUCACAUAAAAGUUUUGGAAAGAGAGAAGCGCUCCAGUGAUAUCCAUACCACGACAUGCUUAGAGGGUGUUGCUUCUGGCGGUCAUGGGGAUUGUGGUGGUGAUGACUUGUUAAACACCCAGCCAAAGGACUUGGAGCAGAUGAGUGGACUGAGGUGGAAAGAAAUUCAGAAGGAGAAUGAAACUCUUCUUCAGCGUGUGGCGGCGAUGCAGAAAGAAAACUCUUCCCUUAAUGUACUUUUGGGAGAUUUUCGGGCACGUUGUACUUCAUUGGAGCAGGAACUCGCGAAGAGAGUGGGGGCUGUAAGUCGCCAACUUGUGGGUGGCGCUGCUCUGACUGACACUAUUCCAAUUCGUAAUCUUCAGCGCAUCCUGCACGACGUCCUUCAGGAGAACUUGAUUCUUGUAGCAAGGGUGAAGGAACUUGAGUCCAGGUAA